UGGUCGGCUGGAACCCCAACCAAAAAAACCUCCCACAUUUACUGCGCUGCUUCCCCUCCCCACUCUCCCCCAAUGUCUCCUCCGAUGCCGUCCGAUCUGGGAGCUAGGGUUCCGGCGGCCACUGAGACGGGGGAUGCGGCAGCUGGAGGGUGCGACGGCGCGGUGACCACGCCGCCGCCGGCGCCCACCUGCCCCGUCUGUAUGGAGCCCUGGACCUGCAGCGGCGACCACCGCAUCUGUUGCAUUCCUUGUGGACAUGUGUACGGCAGGUCAUGUCUAGAGAGGUGGCUCCAUCGUUGCGGCGAUGACAGUGCGAAGUGCCCACAGUGUGGCGAACAAUUUGAACGCAACCUUAUUACCAACCUCUACGCCCCAGGAAAUUUGUGGGAUGGCUGUUGUCGUUUACAGGAAGUGAAAGCACAUUGCGAGUCUGAGCUUCGCGAGGUGGUGGCACGUUCAAUAUCUAUGGUGCAAGAUGUGGAGGCGAGAUCUAAUCCAGAAACAGAGGCUCUCCGAGCUGGCUUGGUGCAGAAGGUGUAUGAGAUGGUGGCAACUUGGAGAGAAGAAAUGGCGACUAACCUGAUGAGAAUGAAGGUGCAGAUGAAGAAGAUGGCUGAAGAAGACAAUGCGACGGCAACAGAUGUGAUAGAAUUCAUGGAGCGGAGUUUCCCUCAACUGUCACUGAUUUCCACCCUGAGUGCAUUUGCUCCGGCACCUGCUCCUGCUCCUGCGCCUGUGGAUUCUGAUAACACAAGGCCAGGCUGCAAUCACCCUGAUGAGCUGCCACUCUCCCUGACACUGCCUGGUCCUGGCGGUGCCGUGAAGAGAAGGCGGGGUUGAGGGACCUGAUACCCGUUCCCUGAAUCUGCUGAUGCUGAUGGACAGACUCGUAACUCCGUGCCUUGUUGUGCUAGCUAUGCCAUGUUGCAUGUCCUAUGUAUAUACCCUCCCUGCUAGCUACGGAGUAGUUUGCAAAUCAUUUGUCAUCGUCGACCAAUCGUAAGGAACUAAUUAACAAUAUGCAGCAGGCCUACUACUUAUAAUAUCUAUCUCACACUAUCAAACAGUGCUAUAUAUAUUUGCUGCUCGACUUUCUUUUA